CACAAUGGUGUAUAUAUCCAACUCCACAAUUGUUGAAAUCUCAACAAUUAAUACAUUCAUUACUCUAUCUCUCUCCUCCCGUUUUUUAUCCCCUUUAAUUAACUUGCUAUCUUGCUGCAGUACCCAUCGGCAAUGGUUAUGGUGAAUGAAGUGGACUCUACGCCCAUAAUUGACGUGGUCUCAGUGGGCGUAAAUGGAAAGAGAGUUACAGAGAUUCCUAAAGAUACUGGGAUUAAGGAUUUCAUAAAGUCCAUUCUUCUUUCUGAUCCGGACUCGACCAAUGAGCCCUUUUUCGUUCUGGACUUGGGGCUCGUCAAGUCCCUCAUGGAUAAAUGGACCCAAAACCUCCCCUUCAUCCGCCCUUUCUACGCCGUCAAAUGCAACCCGGACCCUUGGUUAGUCGCCUACAUGGCAAGCCUGGGCGCAAACUUCGACUGUGCCAGCCAAGCAGAGAUCGAACUGGUCAUAUCCCUCGGCGUGUCCCCAGAUCGGAUCAUAUUCGCCAACCCGUGCAAACCCAAGUCCCACAUUCGCUACGCAGCUGAGGUGGGAGUCGGUAUAACAACUUUUGAUUCGAUUUACGAGGUAGAAAAGAUCAAAACGUGUUUCCCAGGUUGCCAGCUCUUAAUCCGGGUUAAAGCCCCGGAUGACGCGUCGUCGUCCAUGUACCCGUUGGGUGCGAAAUACGGAGCCUUACCUAAUGAAGUGGAGCCCCUCCUGAAAGCCGCUCAAAGUGUUGGGUUAGAAGUUGUAGGGGUAUCUUUCCACGUUGGAAGCGGUGCCACCGACUGUACUCGAACAUACAACUCGGCUAUUUCUGCCGCCCGGGAUGUCUUUGACACGGCUGAUAAGCUAGGGUUGCCAAAGAUGCGGAUCCUCAACAUCGGGGGUGGCUUCACCCCCGGCCCUAUAUUUGACGAUGCCGCCGAAGCCGUUAAGUUUGGGAUCCAAACCUAUUUCCAUGACCGGAUGACUGGCCUGGAAAUAGUUGCUGAGCCAGGAAGGUACUUCGUGGAAUCGGCGUUCACACUGGCUGCAAGUGUCAUUGGGAAGCGUGUGAGGGGCGAGCUGAGAGAGUACUAUAUUAACGACGGAGUUUACGGGUCAUUAAACUGCAUAAUAAACGACCGCUAUGCAGAUGUCACAAUUGAACCGUUAAUAAUAAUGGCCUUGGAGUCCGACCCGGACAAUUCAACCCACGGGUCGACGGUGUUUGGCCCGACGUUGGAUGCACAAGAUACGGUGGCAAAGGACUACCAGUUGCCGGAGAUGGAAAUCGGAGACUGUUUGGUGUUCCCGAACCGGGGCGCAUAUUCGUCAGCUCUUGCCUCCAAUUUCAACGGCUUUAAAGCUUUUGGAAUUUCGACCCAUUUGGUUUAUUCCAAGCGUUGUUAAUAUAGUAAAUAAUGCUCUCCUUCCUUUGUACUGCAAUUUGUAUUUUCAUUUUCAAGUGUAAAACCAUUUCUAUUAAUUCAAGUUAUUGGAAUUUAAUUAA